AUGGUGAAGGCUGUAUUGCAAGCCAUCCCUACUUAUUCUAUGAGUGUGUUCAAAUUGCCAAAGAAACUGUGUAGUGACUUAGAGGCUAUGAUCUCAAGGUUUUGGUGGGAAAACAAUAGGACAGAGACGGGUAUUCAUUGGAAGAAAUGGGAGAUGUUCGGGGUCUCUAAAGCAGCGGGUGGUCUUGGUUUUAGGAGUAUAGAGUGCUUUAAUAGAGCCAUGUUGGCUAAACAAGGAUGGAGAUUGGUCCAGGGGCAAGAUUCACUGGUGGCCCGUAUUUAUAAUGAAAAAUACUUGAAAGGUCAGUUCUUCACUGCAGCAAAAUUAGGGAGAUCCCCUUCUCUGAUUUGGCGAAGUUUUUGGGAGGUGAAGGAUGUGGUUGAAAGGGGUCUGAGGUGGAGGGUGGGAAAUGAAAGGAAUAUCAUGAUAUGGGGCCAAAAAUGGCUUCCUUCUCCUAUUUCUUAUUGUGUUCAAUCUCCUGUCCAAGUUCUAGCAGCAAAUGCAAAGGUGGCUGAAUUAAUUGACGAGGAAAGGAAGGAAUGGAAAGUGGAUUUGGUUGCUAGGGUGUUUAAUAAGGAAGAAGCUGAAAUGAUUUGUGCUAUUCCCAUUAGAUGUCUUUGGGCAGCUGAUAGGAUGCUUUGGGGUUUCUCAAAGAAGGGUAAGUUCACUGUAAAAAGUGCUUACCAUGCUGAUGUGCAAUUAAAGAUAGAAAGGAAAGGGAGUUCCUCUUAA